ACUUCAUAAGGGAGGGUUGCGAGAAUCUCCUAUAAAAAGAGGUAGAAUAAAGAAGGAUCAGUUUUUACAGCAGAGCAGAACAUAAACAUCUCGGUAGAAUCUCAUGGAUGUGUUCAAGCUUAAAAGUGUCGACCUGCAGUCAGCCAAAAACCAGUUCAACCACAAGACCAAUGGUCUGAGCUCCAGCACUUUGGUCCUGAGGAGAGGACAGGCCUUUCAGAUUUUGUUGAGCUUCGAUGGACGGGCAUUUGAUCCACGCCAGGAUAAACUUGUCUUCCACGUUGUCCUAGGUCCACUCUCUGUCGAACUGCCUGUGUCUGGACGGCCUGUCUCUAGGACCAGAGAACCAUCUACAAUGCAAUGGAGUGCCACUCUGGAGCGGGGUAUACCCAAUCCAAACUCACCCCGCACAAUAUCAGUCUCGGUGCUCAGCACACCUUCCGCCUCUGUGGGGGUAUACAGCCUCAGCCUGAGAGCCGAAACACGCACGAGUGUGAGCACCCACUCGCUCGGUCAGUUCACGAUGCUCUGCAACCCCUGGUGUCAAGGUGAUUCUGUGUUUCUGAGCCCUGAGGAGCUGAGAGAUGAAUAUGUAAGGAGUGAUUUUGGACUGAUCUUUAAAGGUGCACCGAGUAACUGCGUCUCUAGACCGUGGUCUUUUGGUCAGUAUGAAAGGGGGAUAUUAGACAUUUGCAUGAAACUGCUGGAGUUGAGUCCCCAGUAUCUAACCGACAGGAGAAGAGAUUUACUGAACCGCAGCAAUCCGGUCUAUAUAGGCAGGGUGAUCUCAGCUAUGGUGAACUCUCAGGAUGAUAGAGGUGUGCUGAUGGGAAAAUGGUCAGGUGAAUACAGAGGUGGCGUUAACCCAUCAACAUGGUCUGGGAGUGCAGAUAUCCUCAGGAAAUGGUCAGAAUCACAAUUCAGACCUGUUAAAUAUGGGCAGUGCUGGGUGUUUGCUGCUGUCAUGUGCACAGUAAUGAGGGCACUCGGCAUUCCAACUCGUGUGGUCACCAACUUUAGCUCCGCCCAUGACACAGAUGGAAACAUGGUAAUAGAGGAAUAUUACUCAGAAUUGGGGGAAAAGCUAUCUCUUAGCAGAGACAGCAUCUGGAACUUCCAUGUGUGGGUAGAGUCAUGGAUGAAGAGGCCUGAUCUGGGUCAAAGGUUUGAUGGUUGGCAGGUUCUCGACCCCACACCCCAGGAGAUCAGUGCAGGAAUGUACAGAUGUGGACCUGCUGCUCUGAAGGCCAUUCAUGACAGGAGUGUUGAGGCCCAGUAUGACGUACCGUUUAUCUACGCUGCAGUGAAUGCUGAUGUGCGUACAAUGAUUGUUCGUGAUGGGGAGGUUUUGUCAUCUGAGACUGACACCAGAAGAGUCGGAUCUCUGAUCUGCACCAAGAGUCCAGGGUCCAUGCAAAUGUUAAACAUCACCUCACAAUAUAAAACUGAGACAGCAUAUAGGCCUAGCUCUGAAGAGUCGACAAGAGUCACUCCAAAAGAUGUUGUUGUGUCUCUGUAUCUUCUGAAGACCCCUGUAGUCAGACAAAACAUUAUAUUCAAUGUGACUGUCACCAACAAUGAGAGCACACACAAAGAGCUUAAAGCGCACGUCAACGCUCAGAACAAAGAGUACAACAGUAAUCCAACCAACACUUUUUGGGAGGCACAUUAUGACCUGAAGCUCGCUCCUAAAGAAGCUCGGACUUUCAAACACGAGAUCGUGUCCAGCGAUUAUGCAUCUAAAGAGGUGAGUGAGGAUUAUCUGGUUAACCUGGCUGUGGUUAUAGAGGACAUGAAGACUCAGAAGAGAACGCUGGCUUCUCAAGAGUUUAACAUCAUCAGUCCUACUCUCACUAUACAGAUCGCCAACGAGAACUCUGUCGUAGUUAAUACGCAUCAAGUUGGUAUGGUGACCUUCACGAGCCCGUUCGCCGUUCCAGUGAAUGGAGAGCUUACGGUUAUGGGUUCAGGACUCUUGGAAGAGAACAUUCAAACCAGACUCACACUGAAGCCUGGAGAGACCAUGAAAAGACCCGUUCAGUUCACUCCAGAGAUGACAGGUUUCAAGAUGCUCCAGGCUAGUUUAGUGUUGACAAACCUGUCCAGUGUCCUCCAUGGGUUCAAGACUAUCAAUGUUAAACAGGCUUGAAGAGGGUGAAAGGUUUAAUGAUUUGUGGGUCACUACAUGAACUCAACUCAGCAUAUUUGAAAUCCUUGUACUGCAGAGUUUCUCAUAUUAUGUUUAUUUAGAAGAAAUCAGUGGUUUAAAAGUGUCAUGAUUCUGCCUCAUCAUGCCAUGUCUUUCUUGGUCUUCUGGCAGAAUCAUGGCAGAGCCUCAUGUUUUGUGUGGAGAGAGACAUGUUAUUGUUGGUUCUGACAUAAAAUGCGCUCUCCGGUCUCGUCUUUGGUCCCGCCUCUCUCGUUUCCUCGUUUAGCUACCUGCCUUUGUCUCAGUACCCACACCUGCUCAUUGUUGUCUUCCUUUGUUAUUUCCCUUAUAUAAUGCCCCUCUUGUGUAUUGUCAUGUGCAGAUCAUUCUCGUUUUUCAUGCCUGUCGGUUUCAUGUCUUGUCUUGGAUUUCUUAGUUCCCGUUUACUGUGCCCCGGUUUGUGGAUUUUGUCCGGAUGUUAUUUUGGUCAACUUUCGUUUUUCUUUUGAGUCCUUGUUUAAUGUGUUUGUUUCCCCAUCGUGGGUUUUGUUUUGUCUUUAUAUAUUAAAAGUAUUUUUUAUUUAA